UCAGACACGCUAAUGAGAUCAUAUUAAAUUGUGAUCGACCUGAACAAAUUCACCCCUUUCUGGUGUACUAAUGUGAUGCCCAGAGAGACACUAUGAGGUUUACAAUGCGACCGUCUCAAACAUCAUUCUUCACGUGCGAUAUCAAUGAUACAGAAAUGCAUUGAGCUCAUCUACUAAAACAGUGACAUCAUCACACCACACGAGAAGGAGGAUUCCGCUUGUAACACCAUCGAUUUUUUUCUCUCUCGAUUGGAUAUCAGGCUCGCUUGUGACAUUUACGUUAUGAGCAGAAACAGAUGAAACAGGAGGAAUACAGAUUAGUACAAUCGGGUAAGCAGGGGCCGGUGACAAGUGAGAAUCCUGAAUCCGGCAUCCGCUUCCAUGUUUUGCUGCCCACCGGUGGAGCGGCGGAAGAUGCCGAGAUCGCUGCAGAGGAGCUCUAAACGCACAGCUUAACACCAGCGCUGGGGAGAUCGGCUCCUCUCCUCUCCACUCCUCUGCUCUUGGGGAGGCGACGGGAAAAGAGAGAAAGGAGAGAGGCAGAGAGAGAGAGAGAGAGGGGGGUAACGGAAAAGCGGGAAAAGGCAGAGAAUUGCCGUUUUUUUCCCAGUCUGGUUGGAUCAGAACUAUCAGACCGUUGGUUCUCUCUGAUAACUGUCCUCUGGGUUGCUGGGAUGGAGAACUGUAUGUGAUGCCUCCUGCACAGAGACCAGCAGUAUUCCCCCUGGUCGCCAUCCCGAGAUUUCAAUGAGGAUAGCAGGCUCGCUCCACCCAGGAACAUGAAGGGCUUAUCAGGUGGUCGUGUGCCGUACCAAAUUCCCACGCUGCCCCCGUGCGGGCUGGCGGAGUGCGAGCAUCUCCAUGACCUGCACGGCAUGCACGUGUCCGACCUGCGUCACUCCUACCUGCUCAGCCCCACGGAGACCUGCGCCAUGGACUUCCAUCACCGCCUUUCCCCCCGCAGCUCCAUCCACUCCGACUGCAUGAUCAUGUCACCCAUGGCGAUAACCUCCACCGCUCCCGCCGACCACGUCUCCAGCAGCACCUUUCCCAGAAUGCACUACAGCACGCAGUAUUAUGACCCGGCCGCGCGGGAAGACUGUGCCACCAUCAACACCUCAGCCACGUCCGCCGCCGCCACAUCCAUCUCUCACCACGGCAGCAGCAAAAGCAACCGCAUCCCCGCCAACCUGCUGGACCAAUUCGAAAAACAGCUUCCGCUUCACCGCGACGGCUUUCACACGCUGCAGUACCAACGCGCGUCGGCCACCGCCAGCGGCGAGCAGCGCAGCGAGAGUCCCGGUCGUAUCCGCCACCUGGUACACUCUGUCCAGAAACUCUUCACCAAGUCCCACUCGCUGGAAGGAUCGUCCAAGAUGAACGGCACCAAGGGUGACGGCGGGAGCGGGGGAAGUCAUCACCAUCACCACGGCAGCCACCACUCAUCCAAGCACGGUAGCAAGCGCAGCAAAAGCAAAGAGCGCAGGCACCGGUCGGGUACAGGGGGCUGGUGGAGCUCCGAUGACAACCUGGACAGUGACAGCACCUACCGCACAGCCAGCGCCUUGAGCCGCCACCACCACGAGCAUGUCGCUCUCGGCUUCCCAGAAUCCAUGCACAGUCACUUUGGAGACCACUCUCUCAAAACCUCCAAAAGCAACAACGACGUCAAGUGCUCGGCCUGCGAGAGCUUGUCCAUGGCACCUGAGGGAAAGUUCAUGAAGAGAAGUUCCUGGUCCACUCUCACCGUCAGUCAGGCCAAAGAGGCCUAUCGAAAGUCCUCCCUUAACCUGGAGAAGCCCAUGAUGCAUCAGGACCUUAAACCUUCAUUCCGGUCUUCACACUACCUACAGGUGCCUCAGGAUGAGUGGGGGGGUUAUCCGGGGAUCGAGAAGGAAGAGGAGAUUCCAUGUCGCCGGAUGCGUAGCAGUAGUUACGUCAAAGCCAUGGGAGAUGAUGAUAGCGGUGAGUCUGAUACCAGCCCCAAAACGUCACCUCAGAAGACCGUCCGGUCUGAUGCCCUUGUCCUCAAAUCAGCCAUACAGAGGCCACAUAUAGACACCCAAAGCUCGGGAUACCACAUGCAAACAGCGAGAGAUAUGCGCCCUCACCCCAGCGUUUCUCUGAACCCCACGACCAACCCUCCUCAGUUUCGCUCCAGAAACCAGAGCUACAUGCGAGCGGUCAGCACCUUCAGUCAGGCAAGCUGCUUGAGCCAGGUGAGUGAGACUGAGGUCAAUGGCCAGUUUGAGUCAGUUUGCGAGUCCGUUUUUAGCGAAGUAGAAUCCCAGGCCGUGGAGGCCUUGGACCUGCCCGGCUUUUUCCGCACACGGAGCCACAGUUACCUGCGUGCAAUACAGGCCGGGUACUCCCAAGAUGAUGACUGCUUGCCUUCAAUGACAUCCUCCACUGUCACGUCAACUCUCAGAUCCACAACAGGGGCCCGUAGCUUAGCUGGGGGGCGUAGAAUGUACGGGAUCCAGUUUCGUCUCCCUACUGCCUGUGGCGUGGACCGAACAGAACCCCCCACCCCAGCGGCAGUGACUUAUACACCCGGUUACAAGAAGACUCCUCCGCCUGUACCUCCACGCUCCACCACAAAGCCGCUGAUUUCCGUAACAGCACAGAGCAGCACAGAAUCAACCCAGGACGCUUACCACGAAGGUCGGCUUCCACGUGGGGGGCUUUGGGCACCGGACAGCCUGGGCCGGGUGCGUUACAGCUCCGUCGACAGUCUGGACAGCACUAAGGCCGUCACCCUAGCCAUGGACACCAAGCGGCUCACAUCUGCGGGGAGUUACAGCUCUGUGCAGACCUGUGAUAAAGCCAUCCUGGUGUCCAAAGCUGAGGAAUACCUCAAGACCCCUCGCUCUUCCAUCGGGAUACAGGUGGAAGCGGCCACAGACUCUGAAACAGACAGUAAAGGUCUCCCACAAUAUCAUUCUGUAGGCAUCCAGGUGGAGGAUGAGAAGCGACUCGGGCGCUUCAAACGGUCCAACAGCGUGACGACUGCAGUUCAGGCAGAUUUGGAGUUGGAGGGGUUUCCUUCCACAGAAGACAAGAGUCUGCAGUUUGGAGGAUUCCAGCGGCACUCCGAACCCAGCACACCGACACAGUACAACGUGGUGCGGACCGUACGAACGCAGGGCCUCUUCAGUUACCGCGAGGAUUACCGACCCUCCAGCGGGCCGCCCAGCCCGCAGCCCGAACCCUGGCUGGUGGAACCAGCUCACGAAGCAGCCGAACCCGGCCGCGUGUCGCCCCUCCGGCGUGACGGCAGCUGGUUCAUGCAGCUUCUCCACAGUGAGACCAAACGCUUGGAGAGCUGGUGUAAAGACAUGGAGCGUGAAGCAGAGGAGCACGACCUGUCAGAGGAGAUUCUUGGGAAGAUCCGGAGUGCUGUGGGCAGUGCUCACCUCCUCAUGUCCCAGAAAUUCCAGCAGUUUUACUGGUUGUGUCAGCAAAAUCUGGACCCUAGUGCAAUGCCUCGGCCCACGGCUCAGGACCUGGCUGGAUUCUGGGAUCUCCUGCAGCUCUCCAUCGAUGAUGUCACUGCCAAGUUUGAUGAGCUGCAGCAAAUCAAGAGCAAUGAUUGGAGGAUAGUGGAAAGUCCAGAGAAGAAGGAAAGAAAAUGGCCGCCUCCUGUGUCGAAGAGGCCUCCUAAAGGUCGUGGCGUCAUUCGCGAGCGCUCCUUAGACCUGCAGGACCAUCAGAGACAGGAGGCUCGCCGCAGGCUCAUGGCUGCGAAACGGGCUGCAUCUUUUCGUCAGGACUCGGCUACGGAGCGGGCCGACAGUAUAGAGAUCUACAUCCCAGAGGCCCAAACCCGCUUAUGAAACUCAGCUACGCCAAAAGCGCUUCACCAACAGGGUACAUCCAUUCUGCUCCAUGUCUGACCUCCACCGACAUGCAUCUGACGUCCUUCACGACGCACGUCUGCCGUGAGCUGAGAACAGUGGUGGAUUCAUAUACAGUAUAUAUAUAUAUAUAUAUAUAUAUAUAUAUGCCUCAAUGCAAACGGGUCACAGCAGCAUAUGCACUGCAAGACCUGAAGCUACUGCAGGCCGGUUUUAAUUCGAGUACGUUUAGAGGCGGUAACAAAGCAUAGCCUGCGGCGUAGACACGGAAACCAAGUGAAUUCUUUACUAUUGGCACAAAAAUAAAUGUCACAGCAUUAUCAGUUCAUCUCAAAUAGGACACGCAAGAAAAUCACUCUAAACGUGAAUUAACACGGACGGUUUCGAUUUGGAAUAAGAAAAAAUAGGACUUCGCUUCUGAAAACGAAAUGUGGCAAAGUCUCUUUACAUAACAUUGUGCAAAGCAGGUGUACUUCUAUUGCAUGUCCACCGGAAAUGUCGAUCUGGACCCUCACGAUAUUGCUCCCGUGGCGAUUGCAUGAAGGUUUUCCUCCUGAAGUUUUGACAAAGGACAAAGGUUAGGUCGAGUCCCGGACUAAUCUGCACUUUUAGAUCCUUUGAUUCCAUGAGUCAGUCCAUGAGAAAGGCCUUGAUAUCAUUCAGUCAUACAGUAAACGCUUCGACUCUCAUCGCCCGACCGUCGGUUUCACACUAAAACAUUUACAGAGAAGUAUUUAUAACGCCAAUCUUCCUCAAGGUAGUCUGUGACAUAUAAAGGUGCAUAAGAAACUUUAAUAAUAUUACUGUAAAUGGUGCUGCUUUAUACUCUAAAACGUAGAUGCCCCUUCCUCUCCUUUCUGCACAGCACUAUGAACCAACUGUGGACUUUUUAAAGGGAGGUUUAACAUAGUGUCUCAGUGCAUUACGGUACUGGUUUCUUUUGCGUUGGAUAUUUUUUCUAUACCACACUUUUCAGCAUUCGCACAAAAUGCUUUACGACUCGGAGGCCGAGACCUUGGUGUGGGACAGACGGCGCUGGUUGGGCGGCAGCAAUUUUCUUUUUAUUUCUCAAAGAAACAUUAGUUCGCUUGUAAAUACGACAGUUGCGUUUAUUUAUCACUUUACUGGCACAACGUUGAAUUGUAAUUUCCCCACAUCUGUGCAUAACAAGGAUUCAGAUGUUCGGUUCCCCACGCGUAACAUCCCAGGUCAUUUGCUACGUCGCUAGCAGUGCUGUUUAUUCUCCUCUAGCGUGACUGCUGCUUACUGUACACUCGUAAGGCAAAGCAGGCGGCAAUCCCAAGCUUUUGAGCUAUUUCCUUUACCUGGCAGCCUUACAGCAUCUUAAGCAAAAAGCCUUGUGAAUGUACUGCCCUGCUCUUGCAAAAAAUGAAAGGUUUUCAUAGUGGAGGUCAAUUCAGUCCAAACCGAUGUUCGUGGAAUAGCGGAUGUAUUCGGGUGAUCUUACAGUUGGGUUAGGAGGACACAAAGAUGAUCAUUUACUCACCCUUAUGUCAUUCAGACAUGUUUUGAAACAUUUGAUCAUUUUUUAAGGAAGUAGGGCUACAAUAAUCUCUAAACGGUUUUAUCGGACACAUGCGCCUGGCCCGAAGUUACCUUCCGGUUUGUUGAUCGGUCUGGCUAGUGGCCAAUAAUUGAACUGUUUAUAUUUUAUUUCAUUUAUAUUAAUAUUAAAUAAUAUUCAUAUUUUAUUGUAUAAUAAUUCUAUUAAAUAAACAAUUCGUUGCAUUUUAUUGUAUAUUAAUUGUAUUAAAUAAAUGGGUCGUGUAACUUUGUCACAUUUAAGUUUAGCCAAGUAAAGAUUUUUUUACUGGUAACCCAAAAUAUUACUCACUGGCCAGACAUACUUUUAAUUUGCUAGCUAAUGUAAUUUACUUAUUUCUUUUGCUUGUUUUGAGAAAUAAUCUGCAGGGACUCUAUUCUUUGCGGAUGUGCACCGGAAGUUACGUUUGGACCACAAAAGCAUGCGCAGUAACAUUUGUAUGCUGUUGCUUUGAAAACAUCUAUACUCCUUGCUACUGCUGAAAUUCAUUACAUGUCAUCAAAGUGGAGAAGUGUGUUUGAGAGCUUGAAUUAUUACUUUAAGUCCGGUUUUGGCUCUGCUUUUGGACGAUUUGAAAUGCAACACUUUCAUCAUAUGAAAAACCUUAGAAAUUCUGCUGUUUCAUUUCAUUUUUGUUUAGAAUGAUAUGAGGGUGAGUAUAGGUCAACUCUUCGUUUACUGGACCAUCUUUGGUCUUACCUUCACCUGUGGUCCAGAGCUUUGGGUACCAAGCGGAAAAAUGAGAUGUUGAAUAAGGAGACGGUGGAGGUACCGGAUAAGCAGCAGAAAUGUGAUGAUCUCUUUAAGAAAGAUAAUGUUUAAUAGGUAGUGUUAUGAUGUUGUGGCUCAGUAUUGCUGUUGUGGUUUUGAAGAACGUUGAAAAAAAACAAACAUUUUUUACAGAACCAACCAGAGCCUUCCAAUUGGUACAGACCGAAAUUUGUGGUAAAGGUGGAAACGUUCUGAUGUGGUUGAAGUUUUUGCAGACAUCCUGCUAACAACUGCUGCUAACAACAUACAAGUACGGUUGUCCUCUUGCACAUUUUAUAGAAAUACAUAACGGUUGAAAUGUGACAUGGGGCAUAUGUAUUUUUCCUAAAUGAUUUGUUGGAUAUUUGGGUCUCGACCAUUUAUGUUUAUAAGAUUAGCCCUAUUUAAAGAAAAGAAAAAAUUCUACCAUUUCCUCGAGUUGUUACAAAUGUAUUUUUUUUCGCUGUAGAACACAUAAGCUGAGCUUAAAAAGUGUCCUGACCUCUUUUGCAUAUAAUGAAAGUUAAUGGGGACCUGGGCCGUCACAUUUAUAAUAAAAGUCAAUGGGGACUGGCUGUCACAUUUCAAAAAGACUAAAUGCACCAUCAAAGUAUAAAAGUGCUUGAUAUGAUCUACAUUAUAUUUGCUAAAUCAAACAAUAACUUUGUUAAAGCAACAGACUGAAAUUGACAUCAAAGUGACUUGUAAAAACCCGACCAGUCUUCAGCGAGGGAGACUUGGAAUAUAACCAGUUUAGCACAGGUUACAAUCCACAUUUUAGUGAUACUUCAAUGCUUUUGACAGCCCAUGUUGAAUAAAUGAAUGAAGGUGAUUGUUUUUUUUUCCGAGUAACUGUCCCUUUAAGAGUACAUUACCCAAAUCCUCCAACACAAACGUCAGCCCUGUUUUAAGAUAGCGUCAUAUUGUGUCUGGGUCAUUCUGAAAAGUUGUGGCAUAGAUGUAUCGCUGCUUGCAUAAAUGUAAAUAGUUCUAGACAUUUCAGAAAUGGAGUGCCAUCGCUUGACACGUGCCACGUAUUUGUUGUUUUUUAUUUGAAUAGAGAUCUAGCAGAUUUCAGUGAUUUAUAAAAGGUGGAAACAUCCAUAGGUGCCUUAUAAUCAGUGAUGGAGACUUAUAACGGUUUGCAUGACAUUUAAGGAUUUUUUCUCGUGAUUUGGGACGUUCCAUGCAUUUCAGAUCAUUUUAGAGCCCGGAGGUGUCGAUCAUUGACCGGUGGAUCAUUGACCAGCAGAUGACAUUUGACUGAUAUUGUGAGAAUUUGUGUGCAAGUUCUGUGUUUGAGCAGGACCGUGUGAUAGUGACAUGUUGAGUAUAAUUAUUGGGAAAUCCGUGUGGAAGCCGGGCUGUAGCUAAAGGAUUCCCGGACCCUCCGUCUGUACAGUAUGGUGCUCUGGCCUACUUAACUACUUAAAAAAGAAAAAAAAAAUUGUUGUGGGGCCUUUCCAGUAUGCUUUCCAGCCUAUACCCUGAUAGCUACAGCCGUGGAUUGAGGUCUAAAGGCUACUUCACAUUGCCCGACAAACGUGUAUCUUCGGAUGAGUUUGUCUACAUUUUCGGGCAGCAUGAACUAGCCUGAAGAGUUAGAAAAGCACUUCAGUUUUGACUUCUAUCUGUUACGACAGACUCAAGAGGGCUCAUUCAUCUCUACAAAAUCGAAUACAGUAUAAGACCGACGCUCUUGGCCAGCGUCACGCUCACACACUUUACCAGACUUGCCAGAAGGUGCAAUAGUGUAUAAAUACAUGGCAGGCACGUGGUGUUAUUACCUCUUAACGUGUGGUAUCAACGGCAGGAUGCUAACGCGGUCAGUUCGGAGCAAACAGAGCGAUCUGUUCUGCUUUUCUACUAUGCAGCAGCUCUAGUCUGACUUUCUGAAUUUCAGAUUUUUUUCCCUUUUAUUAAGGAACAACUUUGCAACCCUGCUGAAAAGAUAAGCAUGAUCUGGUUUAUGCUGGUUUGGUACUGGUCUUGCUGGUGGACCUUUAUAGCUAAGCUGAUGAAGUCUGGUUAAAGGAACAGUUCACCUAAAAAUAAAAAUUCUGUCUUCAUUUACUCACCCCCGAGUUGUUCCAAAUCGGUAUAAAUGUCUUUGUAGUGAUGAACACAGAGAAAGAUAUUAGGAAGAACGCUUGUAACCAAACAGUUCUGGGGCACCAGUGACUACCAUAGUAGGAAAAAUUACAAGUCAAUGGUGCCCCAGAACUGUUUGCUUUCCUACAUUCUUGAAAGUAUCUUCUUUUGUGUUCAACAGAACAACGAAAUGUAUACAGAUAUGGGAGGGUGAGUAAAUGAUGACAGAAUUUUCUUUUUUGGGUGAACCGUUUCUUUAAGUUGGGACACAAUACAAAUCUUUUUAGUUUCUUGAUGGCAAAUCAACUGCAACACAAAUUCUUUACUCACCAAAUGCCCUAAAAAUAUUCUACUCUGAAGUUGCGGCCACCGAUGAAAUCUAGAUUCACAUGUCAAACACUGUACAUCACGACCAAAAAAACCCCACACUGCGCUGCCACUUGAAGUUUACCGUACUGCAGGGAAGCCCUUUAAUAGGUUUCGCUAGUUUACAAUUCUCCUCUUCGAGGGUCAGAUCCUCCAUAAUGCAACGACGGCUAUUGUUCUAUGAACAAUGCUGCCAUUUCUUCUACUGAAACUGAAAAUGUGAAACGAUGUAAACAUCCAUGAAUGAGACGUUUGAGAGGUUAAAAACUGGUGCUUCAAUUUGUCAAAGAGUUGGUUUCAUGAAGGCGCGGGCUGGUUUUACCACGACAAUCAAAACACACAUAAACACAACGUGGUCAAUAGUGUAAUGUUCGCCUUUGUCACAAGUUUCUUUUCUGGCAUAACCGUGAUUACAAAAUAACCACGUAAAUGAUUUACCAGUAGUUCUCUCCCCCUUCCGUCCCGUUCAUUUGUUAUUCAACCUAUUCCAAGCUUCUUUGUACAGAAAUUGUGGUAGUAUCGUAGGCAGCUGAAUGCGGUUUGGGCUGUGUAGACGUUUGAAUGUUUCGCUGAAUGUCCAGCAAUAACCUGAAGGCUAACAAGAUCAUGACGGACAUCAUUUGACAUCCUUGCUUUGCUGGUAGGUUACGUAUAAAAAGAAUGAUUCCUCAUUGAACGGAUGCUUCAAGGAUGUUGAGUUUCCAGGCAGAUUUAUUUCCUCCGAAAGGUUAACCGUGACCCCAGAAUAAUAAACAUUUUGUUUCUCAUGGUUUAUUUGUUAAGGGGAGGCAUUUUCAUUUAUGUUUUACAGCACAUCUAAAGUGAAGUGGUUGUAAUAAGCGAGACCUCUCGUUAGUAUGAAAUAGGCUUUAAUAAUGAGUUGUUGACUUCAAACUUGUUUUGAAUCAUUAAAUAUAUCAAUAACGAGGACGAAUCUAAUGCCAAAUAUACAUUGUUUAUUUAAGAAAAUACAUAUAUGAAUAAAUGAAUAUAUGCCUAAUUUAAAUAGGGUUUAAUUUCAACUUUGUCAAGAUUAUUUUAAAGGUAUGACAGCAUGCAGGAUCGUAAAAAAAAUGAAUGUAUGAUUUGAUGUUUCAUUGCUGUUAGUUGUUUUGGCAUUUUACAAAUAGUUUGGUAUUUGUACGAUUAAUUUGGCUUUUUGUUAAUAAUUUUUUCGGGUCAUAUUCAUAUCUAUAAAUAUGAACUGUUGGGGUUUUUGGCAGAAGAGGUUUAUGUGAAAGGUUUGUCCUUCCUCUGCUGUCUUAGUUUUGCUUCAGUAUUUUUCCUAUUUUCAGAUUUAAUCGAUCUGCCUCUUUGAAUAAUUGAAUAUUAACUAUGAUCAAUUGUUGUACAUAGAACUCCUAUUAAACUUUUUUGAAGAAAGCAAAGUAUUUUUGUGGUUUCGUCUUGUUCUGCCUGCUUUUCUUUGUUCAUUUGACCAUAAAAUGUGCCAAA